GUAUUUACAUUAUAAUUUAGAAAACGUAAUUUUUCUCUAAAGAUUAUCAACUAUUUUAUCUUCAUUAUGAAACGUUCGAUAACCGAAGAAAAUGGGGAAACAAAGCGAUCUUUUGUUAAGCAAGAGUGUAUCAAUUUUGGAUACGAAGGUUCCUAUCCUACUUAUACAUCAUCCUCUUCAUCCACUUCAACUGUCACACAACCAUUACCAGGACAACCACCAUUACCUCCUAUGCCUCCUCCUUCCAGUGGUAUUCCACCACCUCCUCAUGUAUUUGGACCAGUGCCUUCACAAGUUACACCAAUACAAGCAUGGACACAUCCUCCUGCACCAUGGCAAUGGAUAACACCUCAAACAUCUCCUUUGCCUCCUCCACCUCCACGUGAUAUGACUACAAGUUCAUUUCAAAGAGAAAUGCCUCUCAGAGGCAACUACAUGAGACGAGAAAGGUUUGCACAUAAUAAAAGUAAUAUAUAUGUUCAAAGAAAUAACUUUCAUCGUAAAAAUAGAAGACUUGCACGAUUUGGACAAACUCAGGGUCAGUUUGAUCAAGCAGCAUAUUUUGGUGCAACAUUGAGUAAUAGUCUUGGUUUAGAAUGGCAAAGAAAUAAUUACACUACAUCUACAGGUGAUACAAUUAUGAAUCAUAUGCCUGUUCCUCUUCCUAAUCAUCCUUUACCUCCUAUACCUCCAGGGAUUUUAACAAAUAGGCAUGGAGAAGAAACUUCAGAUCAGGAAGUUAAAAUUGUUUUGGAGGAAGUUGUAGUAAAAAAAAAUAAACAAAGAAAACCAAUGUCCCAAAGUUAUCCUAGUCGACCAUGGAAUAGAGAAGAUGCAGAAAGAGCUUUGAAAAUUGAGAAUGAGUACAACAAAACAGUCAAAGCUCAAAGUUUAAUAAUUAAAUUCCCAGAUCCUGAUCUAAAUAAGGAUAUUGUUAGAGAAUUUCAUCCUGGUAUACAAAAUAUUCAUUUUCAAAGUCCUAGUGGUCCUAGAUACUGUUUUAUACAGAUGGCAGAAAGUGUCGAUAUUGAUGAAGCCAUAAAAGAAUUAGAAAAGAUACCCUUUGGGGUGGGUCAUUUAAAAGUUGAAAGAAAAUCUCUAAGGGAUGAAGAUAAUCCAAUGCCUGAGGAAAUAGAUCCUUAUACAUUAUACAUAGGAAAUUUACCAGAAUCUGUUAAUGUUAAUGAAGUAAAAAGUAAGUUUCCAACAGCUGCUCGAGUAGAUGUAGGAUAUGCACAGAAAAUGAGAAAUACUCGAUAUGCUUUUAUAAGGUAUAAUAGUGUAGAUGAAUCUAUAUCUGCUUAUAAACAAGCACAUGAUCUAAUGUGGGAUACCAGAAGUAUUAUUGUUAGGUUUAGAAGACAACGUGGUAAUACUUGUCUUCCUGGUGAACCUAAACCUAAUGUUAAAAAGGUUAAAGAAGAACCAAAUAGUAAUUCACAAAUAAAAAAGGAACAGAAAGUUAAUCAUACUGAAAAAAAUGUAACAAAAUUAGAAACUGAUAUAGAAAAUAGGAUACAAGAUAAUUCUAAUAAAGUGCAAAAUAAAACAUCAGCUCAAGUCCAAGAACAAAAUGCAAAUUUGCAAUCAUCUUCUUCUACACCAACUUCAAUUGCAUCAGCUAAGUCAGUACAACAACAGCAACAGCAACCAUGGACUGGUCAGUCACCUCAAAUACCUUCAGCAUCUGAAGCUCCUCCACCUUGUUCAACUGAAAGAGAAUCUGUUGCGGAAACAAUAAUGCUUACAGAAAUUAAGGAAGAGCCAGAAGACUAUGAAGAAAUAGAAAUGUCAUGUAAUAUUCGGUCUGAUGAUGACAUAGAUGAUGAUGUAGAUGAUGAUGACGACGAUGAUGAUGAAGAAGAAGAAGACGAUUCAGAUGAUAAUGAUGAAGAUAAUGAAGAAGAUUAUGAAGAUGAUGAGGAAGAUAUAAAUGAAAGUGGACAUUUAUCAUUAAGUAACAAACAAGAAUCAAUUGCAGAAGAUAACGAACCAUCCGAUCAUCUUGAUCAAAUGUUUAGUGAGUUAGAAAACAUGGCUGGUGACAUUAGUUUUUAA